GCGCGAGCUGAAUGCGCAGCCACCAUCAGCACCUUGGCUCUGCUCUAGGUUGAGACGUGGAACCUGACAAAGCGGAAUCUAAUUGAGUACAUGAGGUUGUCACUCCCCCCUGUCACAUCUAGACUUUGGAGUGGAGUGUUGGUUGGACAGCCGCGCGCUUGUCGCGGUUAAGCUCAGAUUUGGCCCCUCCAAGUGCGUCACCGUCUUCCGAUUAACAAUAGCCACAACAUUGGUCGCCAACAUUUCCUCGCGCACUCCACAUGUGUACAGCAUCCAUAUUGCCCACACACAAACACUCGGUCACACACAAGUCGCCAUGCGGUUACUCAAGUCGCAGAUCGAGCAGAAGACGGGGUCUGGCUUCGUGACGCUGCUGCCCGAAGAGCCGGAGGACAUGUGGCACGCCUUCAACCUCAUCCAGGAGAACGACCGCAUACGCGCCAAGGCCGUGCGCCGCGUGUCGAAGACGUCAGACGCCGGCUCGACAUCCUCGCAGCGCAUUGCCUUGGACCUCACCAUCCAGGUCACCAGCACAGACUUCGACAUCGGCUCCGGGCAGCUGCACGUCUCAGGCAAAGUCGCUGCUGAAAAUGAGCACGUCAAGCUGGGGCAGCACCACACGCUCGACCUCGAGCUCAACCGCAAAUUCACGCUGGAAAAGGCCGACGGAUGGGACAGCGUGGCGCUGGAGAUGCUGAAGGAGGCCUCGGAGACAGAGCGACGCGCCGAACUGUGGGCCGUCGUGCUCGGCGAAGGCACCGCCAACAUCUGCAUGAUCACUGAGCACCAGACCAUCCUGCGCCAGCACAUCGAAGUCAGCGUCCCGCGCAAGCGCAAGGGCGGCGUCGACGGCCACACCAAGGGCAUGGACCGCUUCUUCGCCACCACCCUCUCCACGCUGCUGCGCCAGAUGGACCUCCCCGCUGCCGCCGCCGCGCAAGACAAAACCCUCCCCCUCCUCCUCGCCAGCCCCGGCUUCGUCGCAAACGCCUUCCUCGCAUACAUCAAAACAGAAGCAAUCCGCACCGCCAACAAGCCCCUCACCGCGCUCCUCGCCACCGUCGUUGUCGCCCACAGCUCCUCCGCCCACGUCCACAGCCUCAACGAAAUCCUCUCGUCCCCCGCCAUCACCACCAAACUCUCCGACACAAAGUACGCCCGCGAAACCGCCCUCAUGGAUAAGUUCCUCACCCUGAUGCGCCUCGACGACGGCCGCGCCUGGUACGGGCCGCGCGAGGUGGAGCGUGCCGUCGACAAGGGCGCCGUGGGGCGCGGCGGCGGCGUGCUGAUGAUCAACAACGCGCUGUUCCGGGCGCAGAACGUGCGGCAGCGGCGGCGGUGGGUUGCGCUUGUGGACCGGGUGCGCGAUGUGGAGGGCGGCGAGGUCAGGGUGUUGAGCUCGCUGCAUGAGAGCGGGAAGCGGCUAGAGGGGCUGGGCGGCGUGGCGGCGAUUCUGACGUUUCCGCUCGAGGAUCUGGAUGAGGAGGGUGACGAGGGGGGAGGAGGCGAGGAGGAGGUGGGCGAUAUGGUUAUUUGAUGGGGACAGUAUGCCUUAUUUACAGUUAUCCAGUGCUCUGCGUGCUCUUCUCAGACUGGUGUUGCGAGAUAAUGCCGCGUACCACCACUCAUUUUGGGGACUACAGAGCAGUCAGAGAAACAGCCUGCACGCGAAUGAACAAAUGGAUAGAUAGAC